AUGAUUAGAGCAAAUCCUACCACCGUGUUGACAGUACAACAGAGCUCCAGACACAAAACUCCAAUAACAGCACCGGUACCAGUUAACCCGGAAAAGCAAAGACAGAUUGAGAAAGAGAAGGCUGAAACAGUUCAGCUAAUGUUAGAAAGAGAGCUCAAAUACAUAAGGGACCUGAGAAACGAAUUGCUCAAAGUGCCCGAUGUCCGAAAACAAGCAGAGUUGGAGUCCGCAGAACAGCGCUGCUCAAAGUUGCAGCACAAAAUAGACUCCAUCAUGGCUGGACAGCCCGACGUCGUACCGAUCGCGCCGUCGACGCCGCGCCUAGCACGGUCCAAAGACACCAACGACAAACCGACACCGAAUACCGGUUUCCUAAGCGGUUUACCGAGAUCGCUGAGCAAUUUAACCGGACAGAGUCUCAGGAACCUGAGACAGGCGAGGCAGAACAAGUUCCAGCAGGAGAACCAACCGCCGUUGAACAGGCAGAACUCUGAAGACGGGAAGAAGAGGCACAAUAAUACAGUGCCGAUGGUGCCUACCACUUGCUUGGAUAACUCACCACCACCCUUACCACCGAGGUCGAUAGAACGACCGAAAAGGAAUCCCUUGACUCCGCCCAUCACGACUACAGCGGAUAGUAUGAAACAAGUGAACCCCCUAGCAAUGCCAAAACCGUCAUACUACAAAUACAACCCGUCGGUGUACCGCGAGGAGUUCCGAAGAUCCUCCCACUCGCUGGACGGCGAGCUCGAUGGACCGCAACCCAACUCGAUAGCUUUGCAAAUGAGCUAUCCACUCGUUAAUGUACCACCGCCGCCGUUGUUGAACGACAACCGAAAUAGUGUGCCAGUGAUGCAUGUAAGAAGUCAGUCUUCACCAGAGCAUUUAGACCACGAGUUACCGAGAUCGAGCGGUGUAAUUGAAAAGGAGGCGUGGUCUCGAGGGACUCCACCCCCCGGCACGCCCCCGCCACCAUAUCCACAUUCCACACAACCAUGUUCGGACCCCCAGAGAGCGAUAAUCUCAAUGGAAGAAGACGACUCGCCGACAUCAGACAAUAUGACGUACGCCGGUUUAUUCUCAAAUUUGCGUACUGUGAGAGAAUCGAAGCCUAGAAUGGCUGUACUUAUCAACUGGCUGCUUGGUGAAAGACGAUGCGCAUGCGCAAGUCUGUUGUUGGUGUUGACGGAUGCGUACCGCGCGGCCGGUGGAGUGGGCGCUUCGACGCUACGACGCUGGGCAUAUGAAAUACAUUCCGUCUUUCUUAUGCCAAGCGCGGUUCUACACUUAAAUGGUGUUGAUGAGAACAUGGCCAAUGAAAUCGAACACGUGUUAGUAAAUGAAUACGAAAAAGAGGAGAUCUUACGAAACGUGUUUCGCAAAGCGAGACGGCAAGCGAAAGACGAGUUGGCGCGGCAACUGAGCGAGUUUCAAGUGAAGAGGCAACUGGGCCUGGCUACACUGUACGGGCCUGACGAUAAUACGUUGCAGUUGUGUGAUGUGGAUAAGUCACAGGAAGUUGUAGUGGUGGAACGUAUAAUGUGUCAGCGGUUACGCGCUGUCGCUCAGGGAGGGCCGUGCGGUCCGUGCGGUUCGAGCGUAGCGGGGAGCGGAAACGCUGCGGGUUCGCCCGAAGCACAUUCCGCGCUGUUGGCCGCUCUGGUGGCCGCUGCGCUUUGCUUGCACUGUCGACCGGCGUCUGUGGCCGCGGCAGUCGGUGGCUCCCGGCCUUCAUUUCUUCAACGUGACAAGUUGUACAAGCAGAGGCUCAAACAGCUGACCAAACAGCAUCCACAACCGUUUGUAGUCCGCGGCCAUCAUUUGCAGUUGCGUGCACUAACUUCAGUGGCUGACUGCCAUCACUGUGAUAUGACGAUAGGGGGGCUCGCGCCACAAGCUGUGGUGUGCACAGAUUGCAACUUGCGCUUGCACCGCGAAUGCGUCCGCAAAGUGGAGGAGGGAUGCUGCUUAGACGGAGAACAUCAUAACAACCGGAUAUCACGAUUUAUGGAACGGAUACAUCCGAAUAAUAUGCCCGGUCAAGAUUCCAACGACAGAAAGUCGCGGAAGUCAUCGGGAACGGCGAAUUUUCUCAAUAUGGAACGGAGUUUUCGCAAAAUGGAGGACGAGCCAACCUGGGAUCAGACUCUCACACCGGUACACAAUCAAGGUAAGUGUUGUUUUUCAUACAAGUUUCCAAGAGAUGAGAAGUGA